AAUACGUUAAUAGCGGGUAUUAUAAGGAUUAGUUUCGGCCUAAGUAAGGAAAUCGUCGCCUUAGGUAUAAUAAAAGUAGAGACGCACUUCAGAACGAUAACUUUUUAUAUUUUACCCGUUAAUACCCCAUUUCUCCUAUAUCUAAAAGAUAUAGAUCGACUAAGUAUUAUAUUUAAUAAUACGAGGAAUAGAAUCUCUAGCGGUAAGUACUUCGAAAUAGUCGAACGAUAA